UUUUUAGGCCAUGUUUCAGUGUCAGAUAUAAGUUUGGUUUUAAGAACAGCUGUUCUUAAGUCUCUUUCUUGCAUAGUUGCAUGCAUUGAUACAUACCAUAUUGGAAGAAAAAAUUGUUUUACCUAGAAUUUGAACUUGAUGAUUUUACCUAAAAUUGAUUCAUUCGUUCUUAAGUAGAGUUCAUUAAUUAUUUGAGUCUAAUUAUUUGAUUGAAGUCAUAUAAUUGUGAAUGAGAUUUUACAUAAUUACCUUGAUGAUCCUUAUACUAAGUUUUGUUCAUCUUUGAAUUAGCAUGACCGGUUACAUCAUAAUAUAUUAAAUUUGAAUUUGAUUAGAUAACUACAUCACACAAUUUUCAACAUCAAACAUUUGAUGUCAAUGAAAAUUGAUUUUGCUAUUUUUUCUAAACUAUUUAGGGUUAAUACCAUUUUUGCCCCCUGCCAUUUGACCUCUUUCUGGUUGACCCCCCUGUAAUUUUUUUUUUUUUGCAAAUGCCUCCUUGCCAUUACAAGAUUCCAUCAAUUUGGACCUUCGACAGAUCUGGCACAUGCCAAGUGCCUACGUGUCCAGCUGAGUGGUAUUUUUUUUCAUUUAUUUUAAAUGCCAAAUAAUUUAAUUACACGCCACAUCAGUAUUCCAUCACUUAUCACUUAUAAUAUAUUACACAAAUGUGGUUCAUUUUGGUCCUUCCAAUUUGACCUAGCUGAUAAUCACCAUUGGAGCUGCUCAAGCUUGCUAAGUGAAGCAUUUCGUGCCCAGAAGAAGAUAGCAACUGAAGUGACGGUCAUCCCUAGUCUCGAAAUGGAUUCGCGUCCAAAGAUUCUGGGUAAGUUCGCUGUUGUUAUUCAUCAUGGUGGGGAGUUUGUUAAGGAGAAUACUGCGUUUUACAAGGGUGGGGUUGAGUCAACUGUGUUGAAUCAAGAUAUAGAACAUUGGGGUAUAGAAGAAGUGACGGAAAUGGUAAUCGAAUGGGGAUACAUUAGAGAUGAAUUUAGGGUUUGGACCAAACUUGAAGGUAUAGAUGAACACUUUGUUGAACUUAAGAGUGAUGAUGGAGCAUUGGAUGUUGCUACAUUUGCUGUAGGUAACAACACUGAAGCACACAUAUUUGUGGAACAUAAUGUGAGGGACAUAGGAGUCCAUGUUGUGGAGCCUAAGUGUGUUGAGAUGGGUCUGGGUAGGGAUUCUAGUGAUGCUGAAAGUGAUGAUGAAGCAGAACAUGUUAGGUUUGAUGACUCUGAAGAUGAUAGAACAACUGCAGUGGACGAUGGCUUUGAAUGUUUUGAAGUAGAAAAACCCAAAAAUUGUUCACCUCGAAUUGAAGUUGCUGGGAAGUCCUACAGGUAGAAGAGGUGUGCCUCAAAGAAGAUGACACCAAAGAAAAAGCAGAAGAUUCUAGUUGGAGCACCUGGAUUAAUAGCCAAGGAAAUUAAGAAAAAGGAAUCUGAACAGAUGGAAGAAGACAAAUAUGAAAGUGAUCACUUGGGUAGCUCUGAUCCAGAUGCAUCUGAAGAUGAAAAAAAUGCCAAAGUAUGAGAAGUUUAUGAAGGAGCAGCUUGGGAGGGGUUAUGAGUUUAAAUUGGGGAUGGAAUUUAAUUCAUUGGUUGAUUUCAAAGAUGUCAUAAUUGAAUGGUCAGUUUUGAAUGGGAGGGAAAUUACCUUUGUGAAGAAUGAAAGAGAUCGGGUAAGGGUAGAAUGUAAGGGAAAAUGUGGGUUUUUGGCUCUAUGUUCCAAAGUGGGUUCCAGCAAGACAUAUCAAAUUAAAACAUGGGUUGGGACCUACAGUUGUGCUAGGGUUUUAAACAAUGGGUGUGCUAAGUCCAAGUGGGUAGCAAAGUCUGUUGUAAACAAGAUGCAGUCAAGUGAGAAAGUGAAGAUAGAUGAUAUCAUUCAAGACAUUAGGAAGACAUAUUCAAUAGGGAUUACCCCAAGUAGGGCAUGGAAGGCAAAGGAGAUUGCAAAAGGAAUUGUUGAGGGGGGUGAUGUUAGACAAUAUGCAAUGGUUUGGAGGUAUGCUGCAGAAUUAAAAAGAGCAUGUGCAGGAAACACAGUGAAGAUCAAUGUAGAAAGACCCAUUCCAUCUAUUCAGCCAAGAUUUGGGGCUUUCUAUUUCUGUUUGGAUGGCUGUAAAAGGGGUUUCAUUCAAGGCUGCAGACCAUUUAUUGGUGUGGAUGGAUGUCACUUGAAAACUGAUUUUGGGGGUCAAUUGUUGAUAGCAGUGGGUAGGGAUCCAAAUUACCAGUAUUUUCCACUGGCAUUUGGGGUUGUUGAGACUGAGACUAAAGAAAGCUGGAGGUGGUUCUUACAACUGUUGAUGGAGGACAUUGGUCAAGAUAGAAGAUAUGUCUUCAUCUCAGACCAACAAAAGGGUUUGGUAAGUGUUUUUGAAGAAAUGUUUGAAAGAAUUGAGCACAGGUUAUGUCUUAGACAUCUGUAUGCAAAUUUCAAGAAGAAAUUUGGUGGAGGUACUCUGAUUAGAGACCUAAUGAUGGGGGCAGCUAAGGCAACCUAUUAUCAGGCUUGGGAAGAGAAGAUGGCUGAACUAAAGAAAGUUGAUCCAAAAGCUUGUGAAUGGCUGAUGAAGGUGCCUACAAAGACAUGGUGUAAGCAUGCCUUUAACAUUUACCCUAAAUGUGAUGUGUUAAUGAAUAACAUUUCUGAAUCCUUUAAUGCAACAAUACUAUGUGUUAGAGAUAAGCCAAUUUUAACUAUGUGUGAAUGGAUUAGGAACCAUCUCAUGAAUAGGAUUGCAUCUACUGUUACUAAGCUAGAAAAGUGGGCACAUGGGAUUAUGCCUAUUCCUAGGAAGAGACUAGAUAAGGAGGUAUUUAUGAGUGGACAGUGGAAUCCAAAUUGGUGUAUGAAUGACCAAUGGGAGGUCAAGCAUGCCUACAAUGGUCAACAAUUUGUUGUUGAUGUGGGUAAAAGAACAUGUUCUUGUAGGUUUUGGGAUUUAGUAGGUAUUCCUUGCAGGCAUGCUUGUGCAGCAUUGGCCUAUAGGCAAUUUAAACCUGGAGACUAUGUAGAUAAUUGGUAUUCUAGGGAGAAAUAUGGAGAGGCAUAUAGUGUUGCAAUUAGCCCAAUUAAUGGGAUGGAUAUGUGGCCACCAGUUGAAGCAGAUGACUGACUUCCUCCAUUGUAUAAGAAAGGACCUGGUAGGCCUAAGAAGCUUCGAUUCAGGGAGCUUGGUGAAGGAGGUACAAGAAUGAGGAGGGUUGGAGUAACAUAUAGGUGUACAAAGUGUGACAAAAUUGGUCAUAACUCAAGAAAGUGUAAGGCUACAAGUCAAAAUCCGACUGCCUUGAAAAGAAAGGUACCAUUCCAUUCCAUUUGAAUUUUUGGUUGUAAUGUUUUUGAAAUAAUCCUGUUAUUAACUUGUUUUCAUUUUCAGAUGAAGGCUCCUAGGAAGAAACCUGCAGUCAACAAUGAUGCUGAGGUUGCAGACCCUGUUGAUGAAGAAGUUGCAGACCCUGUUGAUGCUGAGGUUGCAGACCCUGUUGAAGAAGUUGCAGACCCUGUUGAUGAAGUUGCAGACCCUGUUGCAGAACCUGCAGUCAACAAUGAUGCUGAUCAAAUGGAGGAAGAAGAACCUGUGGUCGAGAAAGAUGAGAUGCCAAAUGAAGCCCAAGGUCCACAAAUAAUCACUACUGCUGCCCCAAAGGUGGUCAAGAAGCUCAAGAUCAAGAAAAAAUUGAUUCUUGCUGGACAGAAGAGAUCAAGUAGCAGGCUGAGGGUGUUGAAAACUUUGACUCAACAGGGACCUGGAAGUAGUGAUAACCAUCUUGUCAUUCAAGAGGAUGAACAGGGUACAUUAACUCAGGAGCAUAUUGAAGUUGGCUCAGACCCAAAGCUAGGGACUUGUCUAAGGGCUGUGAAGUCUUGGAGUGAUAUCUCUAAAAAAUAAGAACUCUGUUUGACUUGUAUUGGCUAUGUUAAGUUUAUGUUUGUUGCAACUAUAAUAGAUGAACAAUACUAUGUGCUUUUUUGAUUAUGUAUUUGGUUGUGUUUUGAAUAUGUAACAAUUAUGACAUAUGCAUUUA